GACGACGACCGCCCAUAGCAAACUGGUCAUUUCUGACACUUGGAAUCCGACACCCGGUAAAACACUUGGCAAGGAGAGAAGCGAUGCUCUACGAACUCCGAAUUUACGACGCCGUGGCCGGUCGCUUGCCCGACAUCAGCGGUCGGUUCGCCAAUCAUACCUGCACCCUGUUCCGCAAGCACGGUGUGAAAUACCUCGGCUUCUGGACCGACGAAAUCGGCCAGAGCAAUCGGCUCACCUAUAUCAACGUCUUCGACAGCAUGGCCGACCGCGAGUCCCGCUGGGCCAAGUUCGGCGGCGACCCGGAUUGGCUGGAAGUCCGCAAGCAGACCGAGGCCAACGGCCCGUUGGUUGACGCCGUAACCAACCGGUUCCUGCGCCUGACCCCCUACUCGCCCGAGCCGAAGGUUUCCACCGCGGUCCAGGAACUCCGCAUCUACGAGGCCAUGCCCGGCCGCCUGCCCGACGUGCAUAACCGCUUCGCCAACCACACCAUCGGCCUGUUCGAGAAGCACGGCAUCGAGAACAUCGGCUAUUGGUCUGAGGACGUCGGCGUGAACAACGUCCUGGUCUACAUGCUGGGCUACCCCAGCCUCGGCGACCGCGAAAAGAGUUGGCGCUCCUUCCAGGCCGAUCCCGAGUGGAGCAAGGCCCGCGCCGCCAGCGAGGUCGACGGCCCCAUCGUCCGCGUCUCUCGCCACUCCAUCAUGCGCCCCACCGACUACGCCUUCACCAGCGACUAG